AUGGCUGCUGGUCCAUCAACAACUAGUAAUAAUCCUCCAAUAUUACCAAUGCAUGAUAAAACUCCAUUAUCUCGUUUACUUGAAGCAGCUGUACAAAAAACUUAUCAUGAACUAUAUACUAUGGCAGAUGUUUUACCCAACAAAACUAAUAUAGAACGAAAAAAAGAAUUAGUAAAAUUUGCUUGUCGUACUCGUCAAUUAUUUAUACGAAUUUUAGCUGUAGUUAAAUGGGCAACUACAGCUGGAAAAGUAAAUGCAUGCGAGACUAUACAACAUUUUUUGGAAAAUCGUGCUCGACUUAUACGUGAAACGUCGGAUUGUUUAGCUCAAUUAGCACGUUUAAAACUACUUGAUGCAAGAUUACCGAAUUUUCCUAUAACAGAUGCAGUUGAUGCAUUAACACUUGGUUCAGUAAAUUUUUUACCUGAACGAUUAUCGGAAGCAACAACUCCUUUUAUACCAGCUAGUGAAACUGAACGACAAGAAAUUUUACCACGUCUUCAACAAAUUCUUACAGCAAGAUUAGCUAUUGCAGAAUUACCUAUUCAAUUUACUAAUGUCACAAUUAAAAAUGGAAUAGUAACAUUAGCUGUUGAUGGAGAAUUUGAAGUUAAAUUAGGCAUAAAAAGUGAUAAUCUAUUUGCUUCAUGGCAUGUUUAUAAAACAAAAUUAUUUUUACGCGAUCCUGAAGAACCAGAACAAGAACUUGUUCAUCCUUUACAGAUGCAACUAUUAACAAAUCAUAUUCAAAGUUGGCUUGUUGAAUCGGAAAAUCCAUUAGUUGAACUUUAUCGAUAUUUGCAUUAUUAUUGUCAAUCAUUACGUUUACAUAUUUUAAAUGAACAAGCUAGUCGAAUACGUAAUCGAAGUUUAAAACAAAAACAUUUAUAUUUAUCAAGUUAUAUACCAUGUAAAAGUCUUAGUAUUGAAUAUUGGAAAGAAUAUAAUUUUAAUAAUCAACAAAAAAAGACAAUUAUUAAUGAAAAAAUUCGAGAUAUUGGUAUGACAAUUUUAUGUGAUGAUGAUGGAAAAUUUCAAAUAAUUCAUUGGCCACCAUUACCUGUUGAAGAUAGUGUUGCAAUUUUACAAAUAUUAGAAAAACCAACAUUUACUAUGGAAGAAAUUCUUAAUCGAACAAUUUAUGCAAGAUGUCAACGUCGAUUUGAAGAAUUAAAAGAAACUAUUUUAUCAACUACUUCAGCAAACAUUGAAAUUGAUCCAUUGAUUCCAGCAUUAAAAUGUGAAUUAUUACCUGAAAGUACAUCUGAAGAAAUUUUAUUUAUAUCAAUAAGUCCAUUUUCUGGUUUAUAUAAAGUUGUUUGUUAUAUGGAAACUCGAUAUUCACAACAAAUUGAAUAUGCCCUUAAUCGUGAUCCAGGAAAUUUAAUUGAUGCAAUUAAUUUAUUUAAAAUUUGGUUAAUACAACAACGUAUUCCAUCACUUCUAGCUCAUAUUAAUUGUCAUGUUUAUACACGUAUACCAUCAUUAAAUCCAAAACACGAAUUAAUUAUUCCAUUUAUCAAUAAUGGUAUUUAUAUUGAAUUAAUACAUAAUGAAGGAUAUUAUAUUCUUGUACAUGUAUCUGAUGUAAAUCAAUUAUUAAUUCAAUAUUAUUUAUUAAUUGUGGAGAAACGUUCAUCUAUACAUGAUCCACUGGUAAUUCAACAACAAAAUUUACAAUAUAAUCAACAAACAAUGAUACCAAAUGAUGAAUAUGCUAAAUGGAUGUUAGAACCACUUGUUCUAUGUCCAUUAGAUCCAACAGCAUUUUUAAGAAAAGAAUUUAUUGAACUUAAAAGUACAUUUCAAUUUGGAAAAAUGAAAGAAACAAUUGAAGAUGAUAUGGAUAUUAAACAAGCGAGAUCAACAUCAGUUCUUUCACUUAAAUUAUUAUUAAAAUUAGUUAAUUAUUAUGAUGAAAUGCUUACAUUUACAUUUUUAAAAGAAGAAUUUCAACGUAAAAAAACUAUAUGUAAAGGUAUUAUCUAUAGUCCAUGGACAGGUAUUCCAAAUCUCGAUAUUGUUCGAACAUCAACUGGUGAUGAUUCAUUUUCAUCAAAUAUUGAAAUUUCAAAUUAUGUAAAUGAAUGUUUUUGGCCUCGUAUUCUAUCAUGUACUAUUCGAUUAGUACAUACAUUACGUGAAACAAAUCAUGCACAUAAACAUAGUGAACGACAAUGGACUUUAGAAUUAAAUUUACCUAAUAAUAAUUAUUUUUACAAUUCUAUUAUAAAAACUCCAUAUAAUUCAAUAAUUCUUUGCAAUCAAAUACUAGCAAAAUUAUAUUCGAAAAUAGUUGAUUAUAUUCAUAGUGAACUUCGAGCUGCAUUUGAAUUGACACAUCUAUUUGAAAAUUAUGCAUUAUCAUUACCAGAAUCAACUGAUCUUCGAGCAAUAUCUGAAGUAAAUUCAUUUAAUUUCUUUAAAUCUACAAUUCAUUAUGGACCAAAUUUUGCUUUUGCUGUAACAUUAACACAUAAUAAUAAUAGUAAUAAUAAUAAUAAUAAUAAUAAUACUACUAAUAAUAAUAAUACUAAUCAAAAUCAACAAGAUUUAAAUUCAAAUCUUGGAUGGACAUUUGAUUUACGUUUUACAACAAUAAAUCAUAAAUUUUUAACAACGGCUCAUCAAAUAUUAAAUGGAAAAUUAAUUCAAUUUUUAAAUCGAACACGUUCAUUAAAACAAUUUAUUCGAUUAUUACAUAUGACAGCUAUUCCAAUAUCUUCCAUAGCUCGAUUAAAUUGUUUCAAUCGUCCAAUUGUUUUUCUUAAUCAAGGUUCAUGUAUUCAAUCAAUACUUACAUUAGUUCCUUAUACUGAAUUUCGAUGGCGUCUUAUUUUUGGUCAAAUAUUUGCACUUGAUAUUCAAAUAUGUGGGCCUAAUCUAAUACUUAUACGUGAUGGCGCAUACAGUGUACAAUUAAACAGUGUAUUACCGGAACUUUCACCAAUACCUAGACUUAAAGAAUUUUUAUCUAAAUAUGCUGAUGAUCGAGGUUUAACAUUUGAAUUUACACAUAUAACAGAUCGUUUUCGUGAUCGAGAUUUUAUUUUACCUGAAUUACAAUUACCUCCACCAUCAUUUUCAAUAUCAUCAUCAACAACAACAAUAACAAAUCCUCCAUCAAAUCGCCCAUUAACUUCAGGAAAUGCACCAACUCCACAUUUAUUACAUCCAGUUGGAACACCCGGUUCAUCACUUAAUCCAUUAACACCAGCUAGUGUUGGUCCAAGUAGUCAAUCUCAACAACAAGCAAAUUCACCAUCACAACCAAUAAUUGCACCAAGUCCCGGUUUUAUGAGUAAUGGUUCACCAUUGAUGAUGCCAACAAUAGGUUCACCAAUGACAAAUAAUACUACAACAACACAAUUAACAGCUCCAUCACCAAUGGGUAUAACUACACAAUCACCAGGAACUAUUUAUGAAAUGCCAUAUAUAAGUCCAGCAGCUCGAGCAUCUGGUUCAUCAUUUCCAGGUUCAUUUCUUGGUCCAUCACCUGGUACACCUGCAAAUACAACAAUGACAUCUGUAGCUACUCCACUAAAUAUUCGAUCGGAUGAUAUUAAUAAUAAACAAUCAUCAACAUUACAUAGUUAUAAUCGAUAUUUAUAUACAAAACAUUAUCCUGUUUAUAUAAGUCAACAAACAUUUUUUCGAAUGCUUUUUACACCAGAUAGACAUCAAUGGUCAAAAUUUGAAUCAUUUCUUGCAUCAUCAGUUCUUGUUAAACAUUUUUCACGAGCUGUUUCUGAACCAUAUGAUUCAAAUAAUCCAACAGUUCGUGCUGUACCAAAUGAACAAGAUACAUAUAGAAUAGAACAUUUAUCAUUACAAAUAGCAUUUGUAUUUGAUAUUAAUACAGCAACAUAUAGAAUUUAUUGUACAUCAUUAAUGGAUUCAUCAUCUCAACAACAACAACAACAACAACAACAACAAUCUAAUUUUGGUUGGUCAUCAGAUGAACUUCAAACAAUGGAAUUAUUUUUUAAUGAAAAUUUUUUUCCUUCAUCAAUAUUAUCAAAUUCACAAAAUCAAAUAAUUAUGCCAACAAUGGAUAUAUUAUCAUUAUCAGCAGCACAAAAUAGACAUACAGCCAUGGGAGCAUUUGAAAAAAUGCUUGCACAUAUUCAUCCACGUGUAUUACGUGAUCUUGUAAAAAUUAUUCGACUUGAACAGAAUCCUGAAAAUCAUCAUUUAUGGCGAGCACGUUGGUGUUUAACAAUACCACAAGGAAAUGGUUUUAUACAAGUUGGUCAUCCAGCAAUAUCUUUUCAACCUGGUCAAGCAUCUGUGUUUCUUUUUCAGUUUAUUCCUCGAUUAAAUCGAAAUGAAUUUCAAAUGUCUAGUAAUAUAAAUACAUUAUCAUUUAUUGUUCCAUUAACACAUGAUACAACAACAAAUCAAACAACAUUAUGGGAUAGAAUUAAUAAACAACCAUUAAUGGGUAAUGAACAUAAAUAUAACAAUGUUAUGAAAAUUCUUAAUAAUUCACGUGAAACAACAACUAAAUAUGAAUGUUCAUUAUUUCCAUCGAUUGUUGAAUUAAUAAGUUAUUUACAAGUUUCACCAAUAUCUAAUUAUCCAUCUUGA